AUCUUCUUAGUGAAAGGUAGUCUCCCAAAGCUGGCUCUACCAGAUGGCUGGAUAGCACUGAACCAUCGCAGUGGUGGAAUUGUCUACCUUCAUAAACCAACACGAGUGUGUACUUGGUCCCGCCCCUAUCACAUUGGUGGAGGAAGUGUCAGGGUAUUGUGAUUCAUUAUUAUUAAUUUUAUUACAUCAUUAUUAUUAUCUGUAUCUUUAUCAUCAUCAUCAUCAUCAUCAUUAUUAUCAUUAUCAUUGUCGUUUUCAUUAUCAUUAUCACCAUUAUAAUCUUAAUAAUAUUAUCAUGAUCAACUUUAUUUCCAUUUUUUAAUCCAGACUUCAAGUUGUAUUUUUUACAUGCUAGAAACCUCUGAUAUAUUGAAAGGAAACCUUAUUACUUACUUAAAAUUUUGUUGUUGUUUUAAAAUAAAUUUCAUGAUUUGAAAAAUACAGGUAAUUUAAUUUAAAAAAUGUCAUUUAAAAUUAUUCUAGUUAUCAUUUAAACAAGCUUUAAGGACAGAAAAACAUCAUGACAAUUAGAUACGUUUUCCUUUUAGUGAAAUAUGUGAUGUAUUUUGCUUAAAGAAUUAUAUUAUUGACCAUUUCACUGGUUUUUAGUAAAUUGGUGUCUUGGAAAACCAUGGACAGCAUUUGAUUGUUUUCUUAAACCAUCAAAGUAUGCAUUCAUAAUUUAUUUCUUUAAGUAACCUUAUUACUGCAUAACCAGUUUUCCACAUUAUAGUCCUUAAAGACAGCUUAAUAUAAUUUCACUGUACAGCUAAAUGGCAGCUCCAUAGUCAUAAUGAAUCUGUUGAAAAGUGAUCUUGGGAAUCUGUUUUGAUCUAAUAAUAUUGAGGCUUAAUUAUUUCAUGUACCAAUGAUAAAAAUAAAAUUAGUGAUGAUAUUAAACAUAAAAUUAAGUCUAUAUAUAUCUUUAUGGUCACCCACCUUUCACUUUUCUGCAUCUUGCGCUUGCCUUAAAACUGUCCCCGGUUGGCCUUUAAUGCCCACAGGAGGCAAUUUUUGUCACAUGCAAGGAGCUAAUAUAAAGUGAAGUGGGAUGAGUGAGUUAUAUUAGUGCAGUAAGACAGCUGAAGAUAGUUCUGAGACAGGACAAUAUAAUUUAUCAUUGCUUCAGCCAAAAGCACUCAUGGUUUGCCGGGGCCUUGAAAAGUCCUUGAAAAUCGAAAAAUUGUGGGAUAUCCUUAAAAGUCCUUCAAUUUUUCUCAAAAGUCCUUGAAUAUUUUUGAAAGCUCCUUGACUAAAAAUAACCUUUGUUUCAAAAAAGUGUUUUGUGCAAAAAAACCUUGGUGAUCAGGUCAGUGUUUGAUCUACUGUACCAGAGAGCCCAGCUUCCUGAGAAGCAGAAUAGAGCAAAUCCAGGAUUAAACUUUUAGUGUGAUUGUGUUUAUCUUCCAGUAGAUUGUCUUAAAAAUAACUAAUUUUGUGUUAUCAUGUCUGGAUCUCAUACUAAGCUCGGUUACAUGUCCCUGUAGUCAAGAAAACAGGGCUUAAAAUUUGGCUAACGCUGGGUUAAAGGAACAGUAUCCCGUUACUGCGCAUGUACCAAACUUUGAUUUUUGGACAGGAUGUCGCGAAAUCAAAAGAUGCGAGGAGAGUAAGAGAAUCUUGAAAAAUCCGUUUGCAUCGCGCUUGGCCGGGUUCAAUACGACACUAAAACUUCUCAGGAUUAUAGAUCAAUGAUAUAUUGUUCCUGUUAAGUUUCGAUUUGGGCAAAAUCUGGAUUUUUUGGCGUUACUUUUAUUGCCGUUGGCCGGAGGACCAAAAGAUUGGAAGCACUUUGAUGCCGAUUGAAGGCUUAUUUCUUCUGCUAGCUUCCUUACAAGCUCAGAUAAUUGUGAAAGGAAUACGCAGAAAUGAAACAGCAACAAUAAAGACUGUAAGAAAGAAACCGUUGAGACAUUGAUGUGACUGAGGAGAUCUUGUGGAGGGGAGCUUCGUGAAGCAGAUUGUUUUGCAACGACGCGUUAGUAAACUUUUAAAUGAAUCUCCCUACGGCCGACAAAAUCAAACAAACAGGCCCUACAUGUUUUGAAAAACUAGUGGCAUGAAAUCAUAAUAUCAUUUUUGACUAACCUUUGUGAUGAUUCAUAGCGUUGAGAUUGCAUUUUUAUUUUUGUCUUUCAAACGUUUGAGACUAGAACGCGAGCAAGUCAGGCAGAUAUUACUGGACUUGGAGCGAUUGACCUCUGACACGAGUUUCAAAUUAGAAAAUAUGUUUUAAAAGCAAGCGGAACGAGAUUUUCGGGUCGCGAGGCGGCCCAGCUAGCGAUAAAAUCGCGAUGAGUCUUCGAACCGCGAGCCAAAUUUUUAUAUAAGACGAAAGACUUCUUCAAAAGUCUAAAAUAUUACUUGAGAAUAUAAACAACAAAUCUCUGUCGGCGGUGCGGUCCGGAAGGAAAUCUUGUCGAGUAAAUUUGACAGUUCUAUUGUCUUUUGAAGAAAAAACAGAUGACGCUCGCGCGUGCGCAUAAUCGGGACACUGUCCCUUUAAACCUUACUGUCUUUUGAGGAAAAAGGCCCGGGGUGCAGUUAAGAAGAGGUUUUGGUGUAAAGUUAGUUUGGUUUGCACCUGUAAAUUAAGUAUUCUCAUCAUGUGCUGAUUUAUUAAAUACUCCAGCUAGCUCACAGCUGAUUUAUUAAAUACUCUAGGUGUUCUUCUAGACAUUUCCUCUUGGGUACCUUGUGAAUUCCAGGUACAAUAAUAACCUUUGAGUGCAAUUUCAUUGUGAGGUUUUGGCAGGGGGGUUGUGUAAGCCUCCUUCACAGAUUGUUAGUGGGACUUCUUCAGGCAAAGCAAAGCAAAGCAAAGCCUUAAGAAUAUAAUAAUGCAUUAUAAGACACUAGCAGAGUUGAUGUCUGUCGUGUAUGACUUGUACAAUACAUGUACUCUUUGCUUGUUCCACCAACAUUGUCUGUAGGUAUACUUGCUAUUCAGGGGUCAUUAGUAGCCCUAUUUUAGCUGGCUACUGCAUUAUAACAACCCUGCCACUUUGAAGUUUGAAAAUGAAUCAAGCAAAACAAAUAUAGGAGGAUUUGUGUGAUAAAUGAUCAGCUACCUUAAUGACAACCGUGAUGAUAAUAAGAUAAAUAACUAAGUACCAUCAACAUUUCAGAAACAUGAUGUGCCGUUAGCUUCCAUUCCAUGCUUUCACCAAAAAAAAGGAAUGGCUUUAGAGGAAGCAGAAGCCAAAGGUGGAAAUGAAGAGAAAGACAGCUUUCUGUCAAAGCAAGGAGCUUCAAUUUUGAAUGCACUAAAUAUGAGCGAGAUGAAUAGCGAUGACGGGACACCAAAGGGGGAUGCUGAUAUUGAGAAAGCACACCAUGUUGAGGGGCAGGAAAGAAAUGGACUGGAUGUGAUCAUGAGUCUUGCCAAUUCAGAUGGUGUGACAGAAAGUAAUGAGGUGACCAGUGUGGAGAUGGAUGAUGUGACACAAAAGGAUGGCAUGACAAAGAGAAGUGAUUUGGAAACACAACACUCACAAGUUGUAGAGGAUUGUAGCUCUUCUAAACAGCAGGAAGGUUUAGGAAAUGAGACAUCUAUGAAACCUGAAAAACUUGUAGAAGAAAGCAAUGGACAUCCUUUGGAUCUAGUAGAUGCUAAAGAGCUAGGAUCAUAUCUUUCAAAUUUAUGGGAAUUUCAACCUCUCACUUCAGACCAAGAAAAGAAUGCUGUCACCUUCCAGCCACAAGUUUCUGAUGACCUUGAACUGCCAGCUUCUUUAGAAUGUCAACCAUAUGCACUGAAAGGUCCAGACAAUUCCAAGCAAUCAGGCAAAGACCUAUUACUAAAUCCUGGAGGCAAAACUCCAGUAGCACUUUUACAUGAAUACUGUCAACGAACUUUCAAAACUAAACCAGUUUAUCUAUCCAGUGAAUGCGAGAGUGCACAAACACCAUUUAUGGCUGAGGUUCAGAUAGAUGGAAUCAAGUAUGGAAUUGGAACAGGGUCAAACAAGAAAGUAGCAAAACAGGUUGCUGCUGAGGCAACACUAGAAGUGUUGAUGCCUGGAGUUUUCAACAAAGUGCGUGAUUACCAGAUAUCAAAAGCUGAACUAGAGGUAGGAAAAAAUCAUCAGUAAGAAUCGUCAGUAAAAAAAUCUUUUCAGAUAGUUUUCUUACUGUUUUAUGAUAAUUUGAUUUUUCCUGCUUUGAUUGUCUAUCUUAAACAACUGGUAUUUCAAUUCCUUAAAUUCAAUUGUUUAAAUCUUUAUUUACCAUUUUUAUUCAUACCCACUGUAAUAAUAUUAGGUGAAGGCUUCACAAAACUGGGCAAUAGAAAAAAUCACUACUUAAUGUAUUAGCUAUUUUAGAUUUUUUUGGUAAGGCACGCAAGAAACUUCCAAAUGAUAUUAGAGAGUUUUAGCUUCAUGUAUACUUCAAAGGGCAAAUGAGAAUUUUUACCACAUGACCAAGUUUCCCUGUUAAUUUUAGUUUACUGUUCAUUAUUUCUACACAUAAAUUGAUAGUUUCAGGCACUUUUUAUCGUCCAUAAGAAUUGUUUUGAGCUGUUUUUAUUUGCCCAUUUUCUAUCUUGAGAAAUUCUCAACUUGAAUCAGAGGUUUGCCGUUUGCUGUAUACGUGAAGCUAAAACUCUAAGGCAUCUUUCUUGUUUGCCUCUAUAUUAUCAUCUACAGGUCUGGCACAUGAUGGUUGGAUUACAACCCUUCUAUGAUAAUUAUGCAAGUUGUAUAUUGUUACUUAUUAACCCUUGAUGUACAUGUAUUUGUUUGCUUGUACACUGUGCAGUUUUUUGACAAAAUAGACAUCGGUGAUCCCCGCAUUCCGGAGUUCUGUUCAAAGACAACACUCCCUAAUCCAUCACAAAUCCUUGAUGAAUGUUUAAAGAGGUGAGGGUCUGUUGAAUGUAUUGAUGUGUAUCCUUUUUUUUUAAUAUGAAGAAAUUACAAUCAACUUUCUCUUAACAGAUUCCUCUAUUUGACAUACAUCCCCCUUACAGGAACACUUAGAGUCAGUUAUUUGAACGAUGUCUAACUUACAGCUGUAGCUUAUGGUUUAAGAAAUCUUUGGACCUCCAGAUUUCUUCCUUAGUUAGUGAUUUAAUGAAGAUAAGUGCCUUUCUAGUCUAUGCGAUAUGCUUUCAUGAAGCUGUUCUUGAUAAACAGUGUUUAGAUGAAUGUGUUGGGAAAGAUCAAAAUGUACAAUAAAGUGAUUCUGUUAAACACUGUCUAAACUCUGUUCAUAUGACCAAUCCUUUACACUUUUUGGGCAGACACAGAGCUGACUGUAUAUGCAUCAUCAAGAUUUUUUGCUCGUCCUCAUUCUUGUGCAGAGUCUUUUCAACAACCCCUGUAUUGAAUACAACACACAAGGAAUGUUAACAUGAUAAAAUAUUGCAAAGGACAUUUACAACCACAUAGCUUCUUAAUAAAUUAAAAUGAUAUUGUGCCUCUAACUGUUGACUGCUUUAUCACAUUGUGGCUGGCUGUCACAGAUUUUGACGAUCUGAAGGGCAUCUGCUUGUCUCCCUGCCUGCUUGCCUAUCUGUCUGUCUUCCUGCCUCUCUCUUUGUCUAUCUGUCUGCCUGCCUGCCUAUCUAUCCAUCUGUCUGUCAUCUGUCCAUCCAUCCGCCCGCCUGCCUGCCUGCCUGUCUUUCCAUCCAUCUGUCGGUCUGCCUGUCGUCCAUCCAUCCAUCUGUCCGCCUGGCUACCUAUUUUUCCAUCCAUCCACCUGUCUGUCUGUCUGUCGGUCCAUCUCUCCCUCUGCAGUCAACUGUUUAACCAUAGUCUGGAACACAACUUAGCCAUCAACAGGUUCCCUGAAUUUGCUCUCUUUUAAUUGCAGAAACCAAGGUGUAUGUCCCUCUUCUAUCAACUUCACAACCGUCUGUGCGCCAGACAGAAGUCUCUCAUAUAAAAUAACCUGUGGCAAACACGAAGCAAUGGUAUAAAACUCUUUCUCUAAUAGGCCAUAUCCCCUCUGUCAGUUUUUAGAAUGGAGGAGUGUCUUAAGGCUUUUCUGAGAGGAAUGCAUGCACUAGGAAUUUGACAAACCAAACACUCACAAAAAGAAAACCCGUGCAAAGAAGUCUUAGUCCUUUUUUUAACAAAAGUGCAACCCAGAGGCUUCCAUCAUGAAAGCAAUUGACAAACUAAGGGAGGAGGCACGGGCAAGAGGGAGGGGGGGUGGAGAAAAAUUUUUCCUCUCCUCUCCCCUUUUCCUCCUCUUUUUUGACUCUUCAACCUCUCCCCUUGAAAUCACUUUUUUUUUUACUUGCACCAAUACUCUGUCAGUUUCAACUUCCAAAUCGUUCGCACUACAAAACACAGGUGCUUUGCAGGCUAAAAAAAGUCUAAGUUUUUCAUUUUAUUUUUUUUCUUAGUUAUUAAUGUGUUAGCUGAGUUGUUGUGUUCUACCAUUGUCACAAUUGACAUAAUAAUUAUCUUUUCAGGGUCCUUGUAAAAACAAGCGACUUGGUAAGCAGUUGGCUGCACAACAAAUUUUAAAGGUACAACCUUUGUUUUCGUUGACAUUCCACUCUCCUUUUAUGUGGAGUAGUUGUAGAUAAAAUCUCUUUGCAGAUUAUUUUAACCAGUUUUCAUCUUAGGGUGCUUUCCAUUUGUCAGAACUGACCAGUCAGACUGUUCCUGUCGCAAUGAUAAUUUUACUUUAAAUCAAAACUUUCCAGCAACAUCAGUCAAAUCCUAAAUUUUAUGCACGAAGGAGAUAGUUUUUCAUCUAAACCUUCUGGAAAAAACCUAUUUCUUUGUCAAACUGACUGGUCGGGCAAUGGUCAAGCCGGCCAGUUCUGACAAAUGGAAAGGGCCCUUAGUUUUGAUUCAGAGUUUUCUUUGUCUCCUAACCCCAUUUAUUCAAAGGGAAAUCAUGAUUUAACCUGGGAACAAAUUUUACCUGCAAAAGAUACACAUCUAACUUUUAUAAGUUGACCUGACCAUUUUAUCAGUGCUUUCAUUUCUGACCCCUUUAUAAGAGACAAAAACAGACACCUAGAGUUGGUCCUUACAAAACUUCAUUACUCUCCACAACAGACUCGUACAGUACCAGUGCCAACAGCUUCUGGCGUAGCCUGCGUAGCUGGCCUUAUUGUGAAGUAGUCGAGUGAGAUUUGACGGCGGAGCCGUCACGAGCGGCGAAGCCGGGAGAAAUAACCGCCUCGUCCCUACUCCUUUUUUUUGGAACACGGCUCCGCCGCCAAAACUAUAAUCUCGCACCCGCACAAUACCGCCAGCUACGCAGGCUACUUCUGGCGAUGUUACAUGGGAUGAUUUGCAAUGAUGAUUUUUAGCGCAACACAGCGUUGCCAUGCUGGAACAAUGUUGUAUGUUACCAUUCGAAACAAUGUCGCAACAAUUUUGCAACGCUGUGUUGCGCUAAAAAUCGUUGUUGCAAAUCGUGCCAUGUAACAUCACCUUUAGAGAGAGUUGACCGUGUAUUCAUUACCGUGCCAAGUUCAACUUUGCAGCCUCUUCUUUCCAGCCAUCAUCAUCAUCAUCAUCAUUAUCAUCAUCAUCAUCAUCAUCAUUAGCCUGCGUAGCUGGCGGUAUUGUGAAGUAGUCGAGUGAGAUUUGGCGGCGGAGCCGUUGUAAUAUAGUCGAGUGAGAUUUGACGGCGGAGCCGUCACGAGCGGCGAAGCCGGGAGAAAUAACCGCCUCGUCCCUACUCCUUUUUUUUGGAACACGGCUCCGCCGCCAAAACUAUAAUCUCGCACCCGCACAAUACCGCCAGCUACGCAGGCUACUUCUGGCGAUGUUACAUGGGAUGAUUUGCAAUGAUGAUUUUUAGCGCAACACAGCGUUGCCAUGCUGGAACAAUGUUGUAUGUUACCAUUCGAAACAAUGUCGCAACAAUUUUGCAACGCUGUGUUGCGCUAAAAAUCGUUGUUGCAAAUCGUGCCAUGUAACAUCACCUUUAGAGAGAGUUGACCGUGUAUUCAUUACCGUGCCAAGUUCAACUUUGCAGCCUCUUCUUUCCAGCCAUCAUCAUCAUCAUCAUCAUUAUCAUCAUCAUCAUCAUCAUCAUUAGCCUGCGUAGCUGGCGGUAUUGUGAAGUAGUCGAGUGAGAUUUGGCGGCGGAGCCGUUGUAAUAUAGUCGAGUGAGAUUUGACGGCGGAGCCGUCACGAGCGGCGAAGCCGCGAGAAAUACCGCCUGCCAGAGUCAUGAUUUUUCGAAUGCCGCCCACUUUUGUCACGUUAUUUCAACCGCCUCGUCCCUACUCCUUUUUUUUGGAACACGGCUCCGCCGCCAAAACUAUAAUCUCGCACCCGCACAAUACCGCCAGCUACGCAGGCUACAUCAUCAUUAUCUUUUUACCUUUUAUAAACUCAAAGUACUGAUGUUGGAUAUUCUUUUGUAGAAGCUUCAUCCACACCUGGAAAAGUGGGGCGCCUUGAUCCGCAUCUAUUGUGACCGACCUACUGGCGCAAUAAAAAAGGUACAUACUGAUUUCCUUUUGGGAAAAAGGCCUUCUCCCCGUCGCCUCCUCUUCUUCUCGUCCCCUGGAGCAAGAGGGCCCUGGGGACGAAAAGAAGAGAAACUUAGGGAUUGAGGUUGGGUAUUUUUUUUUCUGUUGCUUGACUAAGGGCCUGUACACAUGAAGUGGGGGGAGCCCUGAUGAAUGAGGUAAUUUGAUCACGUUUACAUGAGAGGUUAUAUGGACAGUCGUGUUACUCCACCUGAGUGGGUCACCUUACUUACCUGGGUCCCCUGCCUCCACGUAAACAGGCCCUUAGUGUCACAGAUUUUGAAGUGCAGUGGAUUUGCUUCAAUUUUUCUUCUUCUUUUUUUAAGUACAAGAAAGAUGAUGGUGAAUAUAUCAACGAAAAGGAACUGCGUAGAGGCAGUGCUCAACAGAAUCCUAAUUUGCUGGAAUGCCUUAAAGAGGAAAUGAGAAAACUCAAUACAGAGGUUUGUAUGUUUGUUAUGACUUAUCGCUUCUCGUGAAAGAAGAAACAGUUUAUGCACACAACUGAACUACAUUACAAUAACACAGGAACCUCACACCACACCGGAAAUCAUUGUGAGAAUACUUUCAAUUCACAAAAGUAGAGUUACGUUAUCCUAGGGUUGAUCGGAAUAAACGAAAAGAAAGGCGAGGACGUGAAAUUAAAGAAAACCCAGGAGUGGUAACACUCUAAACUUUCAAAUUCCGAUGAAACUAGUUGCUUACUUAUCCAGUCUGUAGUCUGUUUAUCACAAGCACUUAACUGACCUUUAAUUUGUCCAGCGUUUAAUGCUUCGGCCUUUCCCCCUUAUUCACACUAGACGACUUACCUACCCCACCCCUAGCCUAACAUUUUGCCCUAAGCGAGAAGUUAGCGUUAACGUUGGGUUAGAGGAGGGGCAGGGGAGGGGCAGGGGAGGGGCAGGGGAGGGGCAGGUGAGGGGGUAAUUUCCUGGAGUCCUAUAGUGAUCCGACGUCUUAAAUGUCUAAGGCGUGGUAUACGUUCUGUAAUAUAAAUAGGCAUAUUCAGUAAAGACAACGCAACGUGAAAAAAAACAAAGCGAAAGCGCGCGGAAAGGGCUGAAUGCCACUUCGGAUACUGAAUUUGCUGCUCUGCCAUUGGUCAAUUCGGUUUCUAGAUCUGCGCGCGCAGUCGUCAGUGUGGUGACUUUAUAUUUGCUAAAUCUGCCUGCAUGAUAUGGCAAAUCAUACCAUGACUGACCGCUUUCUCCUUAUAUUGUUCCUCUUUUUUUCUUUUGUCUUGCAGAAAAAGAAUGGGCAAACAGAUGCCAGAUAUAACUCUUCAGCGCCUGUUUUUACCGUGGAUAUUUAG